AUGUCCUCAGAGUCGACUACAUCGUCGAAUGACCCUUUCCUUACUUUAUGGAAUCAUUUUAAAGAUGAAUUAUUGGCGUCUGAUUUUGAUUCCUUUGAAGAACUUAAACGAGAAAGGGUGAUCAAUUUCUUUGGAAUCCCUUGGGCUAUCGAAAAGCUUAUGUCGUUUGGGUUUUUCAUCUGUAUGGACUCAUUUUUAUAUACAUUUACGAUCCUUCCUUUACGUGUAUUGCUAGUAUUGUAUACUGUAACUGUCAAGUUCAUAUCAAAUUUUAGGCAUGAAGAGAAAAGAUUUAUCCACCUUAAUAUAUCACAAAAAUGCGAUUUGCUUAAAGGGGUUUUAAUCAUUCUCGUUUGCAUUUCACUACAAAACGUUGAUGCAGCACAGAUGUAUCAUUCAAUUCGUGGUCAGUCUGUAAUCAAAUUAUAUGUUAUCUUCAACGUUCUUGAAAUCUUCGAUAAGCUUUGUUGCGCGUUUGGAGAUGACAUCCUAAGCUCUCUGUUUUCAAAGUCUACGCUUGGUGAUAAAAGAUCAGUGCCUUAUUCCGACAUUGUAGAGCGGUUCCAACUCGCUCUUUUUCUAACUGUCAUCACAGUACGCAAUCUGAUCGAACUUUCUGGCUCUCCAACAUCUCCUUUUUCUAUUCUGCCAACAUCAUUCAUUCCUUUAUUUCCUGCAAUGACAACUGUCGAAACACUUUUGACCCCAGUGAUUAUAGUGUUUGCAUCUGAAUUAUUGGUCGACUGGCUAAAGCACGCCUUUAUCACUAAAUUUAAUCAUAUCAGACCAAGCAUUUAUGAUCGUUUUAUUGACAUACUCUCAAGAGAUUUGGUAGUUGGGAAUAAUGAUAAACAAAACUCUGAAAAUAAGUCCUUGAUGGUUUCACGCCGGAUCGGUUUCGCUGCACUCCCUCUUGCAUGCCUGACAAUUCGAGUUUCGUCACAAACUGUGACGAUGAUUUCAGAUUCAAUUCAAGAAAUGGAUACUGAAGAACGAUCAAAUUUGGCUUUUGCAUAUGUUUUCACACAGCCUAGUGGUUUUUUAUGGUCUAAUUCUGUUCCAAUUUUAUCAAAUUCUAAUAAUUCAUCGCUUUUGUUUAAUGUUUAUAGAUUAAUUUUCAUAAAAUUAUUGGUUGGAAUUAAUAUUCUCGGGUUUGCCCACCGACGAUAUGCGGACAUGGAACGUCGUGAAGCCGAAGAACGUGCUAGAACAGAAGAAUUGGACUCUCACGUCGAAAAGGAAAAGGAGCAAUUAAGCAGUCAGAUUCUCGACGAUCCUAGAGAUAAUGUUUUAGUCGAUGUCAUAAAUCUACUUCAACCUUCAGACCAAGAAAUGGAAUUCCUUGUCGGCAUAACAGGAAAAGAUUUCGUGCUUACCGCUGCAGAUACUUCUGCAGCACGUUCGAUUACUGUCAUGAAAUCUACUGAGGACAAGUCCCGCGAUCUCAACAAGCAUAAUAUCCUGUUGUACUCUGGUGAGUCAGGGGAUACUGUCAAUUUUGCGGAAUAUAUCCAGCGAAACGUUAGACUGUAUGGAAUUAGGAAUGGUAUCGAAUUAACACCAAAGGCUACUGCUACUUUUACAAGAAAGCAAUUGGCAACAAGUUUGAGGAGUAGGCAUCCCUAUUCAGUUUUCCUUCUCAUUGCUGGGUACGAUAUAACGACGUCAAAACCUCAUUUGUAUUGGAUCGAUUAUCUUGGCUCUUCCGUCGAAGUGCCUUUUGCCGCCCAUGGAUAUGGUUCUUAUUAUUGUAUGUCGAUUUUGGAUAGAUAUCACCAUCCAGACAUUACCCUUGACGAGGCAAAGGUCCUAGUCAAAAAAUGCAUAGAUGAGUUAAAAAGUCGAUUCGUCAUCAACCUCUUAGAUUUCAAGAUCAAAGUUACAGAUCAAGAUGGAAUUCGAGAGAUUACAAUCUGA